CUCUCUCACACACACUCUCUGUCUCUGUCUCUCUCUCUCUCUCUCUCUCUCUCUUUCUCACACACUCUCUGUCUCUCACACUCUCUCUCACACACACUCUCUUUCUCUCACUCUCUCUCACACUCCUUUUCUCACUCUCUCUCUCUCUCUCUCUCUCUCUCUCUCUUACUUAUUGUGAGUGUAACUCAGAUGAACUUGAAUCUGAAUUGAAAAUGAAAUGAAAUUUUCCACUCCAGUAUAUGAAACUCACACGCAGCAAGCUGCACACUGGAGAAGCAGCUGUUUGGCGAGUGUGUAUGUGUGUGUGUGUGUGUAUGUGUGUGUAUGAGUGUGUGUGUGUGUGUGUGUGUGUGAGGCUGAUUGUGAUAGAAAAGAUAAACUGUAACCAACAGAAGCCUUCAGGUCAUUCACCUAUCCAAUAAAGACCAACAGACGCUGACAAUUACCCUCGCUCUGACGCAGUGUGUGUCUGUGUGUGUGUGUGUGUCUGUGUGUGUGUGUGUGUGUGUGUGUGUGUCUGUGUGUGUGCAUGUAUGUGUGUCGUAAUAAGGUAUAGGGACUGUCUCUUAAUAUGAACAGAGCUCCAACAAGUGACCUGGCACACAGCUCACCUGUCGUGGACACACAUACACACACAUACACACAUACACACAUACACACACAUACACACACAUACACAUACACACACAGUGAGGGGCAAUGCAACUGAAGUGACCAGGUUUUUUGGCGAUGGCUGUGAUGAAUCCGAUGGAGUGGAUCCGGAAGAGCCGGGGCUCACGGCGUCUUGUGCUGGUGGUGGUGUGUGUGGCUCUGUUGCUGGAUAACAUGUUGCUGACUGUCGUGGUUCCCAUCAUCCCUACCUUCCUGUAUGCCGUGGAGCAUCAACCGAGCGAGCUUUCCUCCACCUCCUCUUCCUCCCUGUCUCCUCCCACCAUCAACCAGCACACCUUCUCCUCCAUCUUCUCUCUCUAUGACAACAUGACCUACGCCAACACUAACAAUGUGACCCAGGAUAACCUCCGUGAUGCUACUGUUACCCCAGUCUCUGACGGCAAUGGCAGUUUCUCUGACUCGGGUGACUGCAAGGACGACAGGAAGUUUCUGGAGGACGAGAACGUGAGAGUCGGCCUCCUGUUUGCUUCCAAAGCUAUAGUGCAACUUCUGGUCAACCCUUUCGUGGGUCUGCUUACCAACAGGAUCGGGUAUCAUAUUCCCAUGUUUGCUGGGUUUGUCAUCAUGUUCGUCUCCACAAUUAUGUUUGCUUUCUCAGAAACGUACACCUUGCUGUUCUUUGCUCGUUCCCUCCAGGGCAUCGGUUCCUCCUUCUCCUCAGUUGCAGGACUGGGCAUGCUGGCCAGUGUGUACACUGAUGAUAAUGAGAGAGGGAUUGCCAUGGGGAUCGCACUAGGAGGACUCGCCAUGGGGGUACUCAUUGGUGCUCCUUUCGGCAGUGUCAUGUACGAGUUUGUGGGUAAAAGCUCUCCGUUCCUCAUCCUGGCUUUCCUCGCUCUGUUUGACUUAGCACUCCAGCUUUGUAUCCUGCAGCCAUCUAAGAUAUCCCCUGGGAGUAUGGAGGGAACCCCACUGCUGACUCUGCUGAAGGACCCUUACAUACUCAUCAGUGCAGGAUCUUUGUGCUUUGCUAACAUGGGCGUGGCCAUCUUGGAGCCCACUCUCCCUAUAUGGAUGAUGCAGACCAUGUGUUCACCAAAGUGGCAGCUUGGGGUGGCUUUUCUACCUGCUAGCGUGUCUUACUUAAUUGGAACCAACCUGUUUGGCCUGCUGGCCAACAAAAUGGGCAGGUGGCUGUGCUCCAUGAUCGGCAUGGUCGUUGUCGGCGUCAGCCUCCUUUGCGUUCCUUUGGCCAAAAACAUCUACGGUCUGAUCGGGCCUAACGGAGGCCUCGGAUUUGCUAUCGGGAUGGUUGAUUCGUCCAUGAUGGCUAUAAUGGGCUACCUGGUGGACAUCAGACACGUCUCUGUGUAUGGCAGCGUGUACGCCAUAGCCGACGUGGCUCUCUGUAUGGGGUUCGCUAUAGGUCCAUCUACAGGGGGCGCUAUAGUACAAGUGAUCGGCUUCCCGUAUUUGAUGGUGAUCAUCGGGGUGGUCAAUAUUCUUUACGCGCCCCUGUGUUUCUUUCUUAAAAACCCUGCUGCUCGGGAGGAGAAGAUGGCGAUUCUGAACCAGGAGUGUCCCAUGCAUGUGAAGAGCUACAACACAGAGCAUCAGUGUAGAGAGUUUCCCCUGAGUGACGAGAGUGACCCUGACCCUGAGGAGUAACACCACACACACACACACACACUGAAGAAAACACUCAGGGAUGUUCUGUUAGGCAAAGUUCCUGAAGUUGCUGAAGUUUCCUAUAACAUUACAUCCGGGAGUGUUUUAUAAACAUUAUAAACAGUCAUUUCUUUAUCAACCUCUCUCUCUCUCUCUCUCUCUCUCUCUCUCUCUCUCAGUAAUCAGCUGUCAUGAGAACAAGAAAGUAUAAAACUCCUCUUUUCUGAAAAAUGCAUGUCUAACACUGGAGACUCCCAUAUAAACAAUUGUACCCUUAUGUUUGUCCGUUAACUUUAUGUGUUAAUAUAGAAACGUGAAAGUAUAAAGACAUUUUGACCAAUCAGAAACGAGUAUCCGUCAGAGCUGUAGAAUACUGAGUUGUUGUACUUUAUUUCAGCUCACGUAAUGGUCAGGAUUCAAAUAAACACUUUGCUUCACAGGAAUAGCCUGGAUUUUUUUUCCCUACAAAUCUCAUCAAAUGUGUAGGUUUGUUUAAAUACCGCAAACACUCGCCCGGAUGUAAUGACACGGACCCACUUGGUGGUAUUAAUCUGCAAGGAUUUUCAUACAAGCAAGACCUCUACCUUCCGACCUACGCCCCUGCUUUUUCUUUCUUCCGUAAACACAAUAAUCACCUAGAAGUGAUUGCAUGGAACGCGACGGUGAAAAUCCAAUAUCCUCUCCAUCAAAGCACUUUGUUCUAAUGUCAAUAAACGCUCACGUAGUAA